AAUAACUCUACUGACAACUCCAGCUAUAUCUACCUUUCCUCCUUGUCCUAAUGCUUUACACAUUCCUCUUCUUCGUUUUUCUUCUUCACGAGGUCAACAACAAUGUCUGAUCAACCUCUAAAUCCCCAAAGUAGAAUCAAACUUCGUGAUGGUAGAUACUUGGCUUACAAGGAAAGAGGUGUUUCCAAGGAUGAAGCUAAGUUUACCAUCGUUCUUGUUCAUGGAUUUGGUAGCUCCAAGGACAUGAACUUCAAUGUCUCACAAGAGUUUGUAGAAGAAAAUGGUAUAUACUUUGUGCUAUACGAUCGAGCUGGUUAUGGAGAGAGUGACCCAAAUCCUAAACGAUCGUUGAAGAGUGAAGCUUGCGAUGUUCAAGAACUCGCGGAUCGGUUACAAAUUGGGUCAAGGUUUUAUUUGAUCGGAAUCUCGAUGGGGUCAUACACCGUUUGGAGUUGCCUUAAACACAUUCCUGAAAGGUAAAGAAAUCAAAUCGAAUAAUAUAUUAAGUUAUUAUCAAUGCGUAAAAGUCUUCCAAGAUGUCGCAAAAACUUGCUUCAAGAUUGGAUUAAAUUAUAUAAUAUAGCACAAGAACACGUUCAAAUUUAUAUUGUAAGGUCAAAUUGUUUUUAUAUUUAUUAAUUUUUUUGUUUAACAUUAUAUUUGUUAAAUUUUCACAAGUGC